AAAUACGUGUAAAUACGUUUGUGUGCGAGUGAUUUUUGAAUAUUUCUGUUGCUAUGAAUAAACAGCUUUUGGCGUCAUUGGUUCUGUUGCACCCGAACGAAACGAAGCGAAGGAGAACAAAAUAUAGCAAAGUAAUCCUGCGUAAUCCUUUGAUAUGGCCAGAAGAAUGGACAAGGACUCAUAGUGGAAGUGAGAGGGAUCGAUCGAGCGACCGUACCAAUGUCAAAUCAUGCAGCAGACCCUCUCGUACUUAUCAUCAUCGCCAUCCCCCUCUCCGAUGGCAACGCCAUCCGGAACACCACACCCCCAGCGACCACCCAUGCCCCUACCCACACAUCCACGACCCGGCUCAACAGGCAGCGAUCCCAACAACAGGUUUCAGCCGGCCAUCAUUCCGGUUGACUACAGCUACCACACCCACACCCAUUCCCACCCACACUCCCACUCGUACGGCCACACGACCAUGGCCCCCUCGACGUACACAUCCACACAGAGCUUCAUCCGCCAGCCGACGGCCAGCACAGACCUGGAGCUGGGAUCGGAGCGGGACUCCCAGCCAUAUAGCAGUCUCUUUGGGGACCCUGUGCGCCCGCCGUCGCAGGUGGAGGAAUACUUCGGGACUGCGGCCUUUGAGACGUUACGAUCUUCUUCGCUGGAAGUCCCCAGAUCUGAGGAGGAUGCCCUAGUGGCCGCUGUGACCCUCAAUGCGCUGAUGGGCAAUGAGGCUCGGGUCAGGCAGAGGAUCUUCUCGAAUAUUCCCUACACGAGAACCCCCCGGGCAUCACUCAUCCCGCACCUGCUGCCGCCCGAUAUCCAGAUCUUGCCCAAUUCCAGCGGCGGCUCCAGCUCGGAACAGCUGGGCUCUCCCAACUAUCGACUUCUGGCCACGGACGACUUCCUUAAUAAACCGGAUAUGUACGACUUGGCGAACCCCAGUGAGGAAUCGCAGUACAUGACACGCUUGGACUUCGAUCGGGAGGAGGAGCGAACGCAGACUCCCAGCCGAACGGCGGGCAAGCAGAGUGUCUCCACCAUGACCUCAGAUGACCAUCACCACGGCUUGCUAAGCGACUCUUACUCGGGCAGGGACUGGUUUCGACCUGCUCCACAGCACUAUCCGGAGUUCACGCGCAUCCCCAAGCUGCGGCCCAGCUCGAAGAACAUCAUGUCCAUGAAGCAAGAGGAGGUGCCGCUCUCACCGCUCGCCACGAUGAUCCAGGACAUGAACAGUUCCAGCAACGGAGGCGAGGAGCGGUUGUUCCCCGAUGGGGAGAAGCAGUCACCGAUGCAGGACAUGGACGUCAUACUCUCACCGAAGCAAUACCUGGAGCAGCAGCUGGAACGGAUGAGUGCGGUCAGCGAGCGGCAGCUGCUUGAGGACUACAGCCCGCCGUCGCCUCCACCAGCUGACCCGCCGCCUUCUUGCCACCAGAGUAGCCGCAGAGACACGGAGGAGAGCGUCUGCUCACGUCCACCCACCAUGAAGAGAGAAAUGUCCCCGAUCAUCAUCAAGGACUCAAUCUCCGUGGGCGGAGACUAUCGCGUGGACCAGCCACGGCCACACAAGAAGACUGCAUUUACCAUCCUCACAGUGCGCUCGCCGCAGACCUCGCCGGCGUACAGCCCCGCCAGGAGAGCCGCCGCCAGGAGGUACGCUUCCAUACAGUCGACAUCGACUACCUCAUCAAUGGCCACCAAGCCGCCGAUCCUGCCGCGUCGCAAGACUCCCAGCGACUCCCGCCUGCCGGAGCUGCCAGGAUAUCUGGCCCACUCGGCGUACCCCAGCCAGCAGCAGCCGCAGCCACAGCCGCAUCCACUCCACACAACCGAUGACUCGCCACGGCCCUCGGUGCAGUUCAACAUGAGUGGACGGCACAGUCGCAGCAAGCUGGCGACGCCCUCGAAGGGAAUCCUCCAGCAGAGGGACUCGCUCACCUCCUCCAUAGACACCUACACGCAGAGGGCGCAGCGACGAAGGUCCAUGGCCCCCAAUAGUCCCCAGCAGAUGUCGUAUGGCCAGAGGAUCAAGAGCAUGGAGAGCCUGCCGCUGAUAACCGAUCCCUAUCAAAGCGCGAUUCCGCGACUGCACUACUCCACCAUGGACCUGGGCAAGGAAGCAGCAACCUUUCCGCCGGGCGCACUGCCACGCCCACUGAAGCCAAACCACAACCCCACGCGAAAACAGCGCGGACUCCUGAAGGUGAUCAACCGGGAGGAAGCGCUCGCCCACAUCCCACCCAGCUCCAACUGGUGCAGCCUGGACGACCUGGCUCUGGCACCGAGUCCCCGUACAUCCUUCGACGCCGGCCACGCUCAGGGUCGUUCCAGUUCCACCUCGCCCGAGCGAAGGAGCUCCACGCAAACAGCCUCGGACCGACGCAGCUCCAACCUGAGCACCAUAACCGCCACCACCUCGGACUUCAGCUACCGCCGUCCAUCGCUCGCAACACUGCCAGCAUCGUGGCUGCGUCGCAAGUCGGUGCAGGCGCCGAUCCCCGGGCGUAGCUCGCGACGACAGUCCAUCUACCAGAGGGAUCCGAAGCCACCGCCGCAUGGGAAGCAUGGCAAGAUCGCCAAGCCCAGCAGUUUGUCACCGAUUCUCGGCACCCCGAACAAGCACAGCAGCUCAGGGCAGAGUCCUACCCACGGAUCCUCGAUAAUUGGGCACCGGGCAUCAUCGCUGUUUGGGCACCAUGAAUCCUCGCUGAUUGGUCACCGUGCAGCCGCUGUCGACACGCAGUCCGAGGUGCCGACACGUCGGGACUCGCUCUCCCGCAUUCCGAUUCGAAGUCGUCCGGGAUCCCGGGUGGAGUCUCGUUCCAGUUCGCCGUCGAAGGACUUUGUGGCUACGAUUCCGACCGCAUCUGGGCGCACCUCGCGGGCAAGCACGAGUCGCUCUCCCUCUCGGGCGAUGGUUCACAGCAGGACGCCCUCACGGGAGAGUGCGCGACCCGGAGAAUCGCGAUCUGUGUCCAGGGGCCCACCCUCUAGGGCAAGUUCUCGCAUGGAACAGGCACGGGAGCAGGCCAACUCCCGAAGCAACUCGCGGGCCAACUCCCGACUGAGCAUAAACUCCUCGCUGCGAUCCUCUAGCGUCUCGCCCGUCACCAUGACCAGGAACAGAACCAUACGGGGAACCACACCGCAGCCCAGUCGCAGGAAGUCCAUACCAUUGAGUCCAACCAGCGGCAUGCUAGGGCGUCGAAAGUCCAUAAGUCCGGGGGCCAUUAGAGGGAAGGCAGAGAUCCCGGAGACAUUGUCGCGCCGCAACUCCCGCUCCCGCAUCCCCACGCGACAGUCGGGAAAGAUGGAGUCCAAGUCGCCGCCAUCCUCCUCCAAGAAACGUUCAAAGUCCCCCGAGAAAACCAAGGGAACACCGGCGAUGACACCCAAGGGCACCAGAGCGGGCAAAGUCCCGCCAAAGGGAAGCCCCAAGGCAAAGAACACAUCCAAGCAACCAGCAAGUGCCAAACCCAAGUCCAGGACAGAAUCUGUGAAGGCUGUUAAAACCGCGGAGCGUCUUCCAGUUGUCAGAAGGGAACAGGGAACAGGGAAGAAGCCAGCCCCCAAAGCGCCAUCAUCCACAGCAGCGAAGGAAGCGAAAGCCGAGAAAGGAAAGCCAGCAACCAAGAGCAAUGCACAGGGACAACCAGCAGCGCCCCCGCGCACCAAAUACCAGCAGAUGAAAGCCAAGCCAUCGGGAGCGGCGACAACGGAGGCCAAAAGACCUCCUGCACCCACGACCAUCAAAGCCCAGGGGAUUGUUCACGAAAAAGGUGCCAAUGGAGGAGAUGCUCCAACAAACAUGACUCCACUAGCUGCCCAGGUGGGCAACGUGGUGCUCCAGGCAGCCGAAGCCAUUCCGGCAGUGACCAGCGAGGUGACCGUCCCCUCAACUCCAGGACGCAGAGGCCAAGGAGCGAACAUGUUCAAGCUGGUGCGGAUGAGCUCCCGGCUGAGCAUGCUUAGCCAGAAGAACCGAGCGGAUUCGCCGCUGAAUCUAAAGGUGGCAACAGUGCCAGAGAUAGCUCAGGAACACGAAGAAGCAGCGACCCACUGUUCUUUGAUGAAGUCCAAUGAUGCUGGGAGUCUGCCUGCCGCCAUACUGGAAAAGUCACAGAAAACGCUCGAAAACAUACAAAAGACCGUCACGGAGGCCACCGAUGAGAUCCACAAGACCAUCAGCGAGAACCUCACCGAUCUGAAGACUCUGGAGAACGACAUGGGCCUGACCGCAGAUGGCCCUCCCACUCCCACAGCCACCUCUGGCACGAUGCUGGCCAAGCCAGGCGACUCUGAGUCUCGGACAGGGACAGCGGAUGGUGGGAAUGCUCCCCAGAGCUCUGCGGAGCAGGCAAAGUCUCCUUUUACGGCCACACAGCCCAUCGAGGCCGCGGUCUCGGUAGUGCACCCGGACGAGCGAGCAACGAUAUCCAGUGUACCCGCGAGAAUGCGAGUGUCCAGUGUAGAGUGCGAGAGCUCUGACCUGCCCACAGUCCUGGACGUGUCCGAGUCGGAGCUGGGCGGCCAUGUGAUGCCGACGCCCGAGAGCGGAGUGGACUUCAAGGUGGACGCCAAGCGACGCUCUCCAGACGGACAGGGCGGCUCCGCAGCGGGAAGUGGUGGCAUGGCAAAAACCAGCAGCCAAGAGUUCCUGGAAGAAAAGGACAAAAAUGUCAAUAAGAAGGGAUUGUGUCGCUGUUGUUCCUCAUUGUUCAUGCCCUGUCGUCGCUCUCGAUGCUCCCGCUGCUGUUAUCGACGAGAACGGAACCCCUCAGCCGAGGACCAGCCCGUGCUAUGGAGUGCAAACAGUAGUGCCACAACCGCCACCAAUGUCCAAGUGAUUGAUGAGACCAAGUCGAAGAAGAAAAAGGUGACGGACUGGCUCAAGUCGAGCUGCUGCCGGAGCUGCCGGAAGAAACCUCCGCCCGCGGACACGGACAAGCCGGAACCGCCAAGCGUGAAGCAGGAGGCCACUAUGAGUACGGGACCAAAACGUGGAGGCAAAUGCGGUCUCUGUCUGAGCAAGGUUUUUUGCUGUCGCUCGGUGAACAAAGUGGACGACACGGGGAAUGAAACCGAGCUGAAGAAGUGCUGCUUCUGCAUACCAUAUCGGAGGAACCGCAGCAAGCCGAAAGGUAGCUCCGUUUCCUGGCGGGAUCAAGAUCCAGAGCUUGGCAUCAAGCCAACUGAUACAUCGGUUCUGGAAGGUGCGUCCGAGGCCUCAAUGACAUCGGCAGCUGCGGAUGCUCCGGCUACAACACCCAAAGAGGGCUGCUGCAAGCGUUUCUGGCUAAUGAUGCUCUGCUGUCGCAAGAAACCGCGUCGCGAAUCGAAUGCUCGCCGACAGAGCAUCAGAGCCCCGCCGCCCAGUGAGGACACACGCCGGAAGCUGCAUAACGACCUCGUGGAACACGCAUCCAAAAUGAAGGGAGCUAUUCCUGUGCUACCGCUGUAUUUGGCUUGGUUCUGUGCCUUCUGCAACGUGGUCUUUCCAGGCUUAGGCACACUCCUGUCGGGACUCCUCUGCUUGUGUGUGGGCAUUCCACGUUUCUCGCAGUACGACAGUGCCCGGGCUCGAAUCGGAUCCUUCAUAAUCAACGUUAUUGUGGCAGUGUCGCAGUUCUGUUGUGUACUCUUCUGUUUCGUGGGCUGGGGCUGGUCCAUCUGGUGGGGUACUAUUAUGCUAAAGUGUGCAAGGAAACUGAGCAAGAUUAAAAAGGUGGAUCGUUUGGAACUGGAGGAGGAACAACGACAGGCCCAACUGGCGGCCACUGCGGCUGGUGAGACAGAGCCGGCGAAGACAUAGUAAUCCAGUCCAACAGGACACAUUCAACGGGACGAGAUUUUUUAUACAAUUGUGUACAUACCUUUGUACAAAACUGUAGAUUCCACAGACACGUGCACUUCCAAAUGUACUUCCAUGAUAAGUAAAGUGUAACAAUACUUCCU